AUGUUGGAUCUGGACCUAGACUGUGGCCAGGACGAGUGCGGCGGCCCGGGACCACCUCCGGAGUUUCUGAUUCCUCCGCCGCCGCGGCCUCCCUUCCUGGCGGAACUGGCCAACUGCAACGAGGACGGGGCGGGCGGGGCGGUCGCGGCGAUGCUCGGAGGUCCGGGGGCCGGUCCGUUCGGGGCGAUCGCCGACGGGGCGGCCAUGUGCGAGGCGAUACCGAUCCUCGACGCGAGCUACCACAGCAGUCCAUCGUUCCAAACGUCCGCCGUGAUAGUGCUCAGCUCGGUGCUGCUGCUGUUGGUCAUCUUUAUCUCGUCGUUACUAGUGUGGAAACACAAGCGGAAAGUGCAGAACUUCCUGCCGUGCAAGACGCCAACCCGCGGCGGUCCGCCGCACCAUCUGGACGCAACAGGUGUGCACUCGGCGGCGCACUCGGUGACGUACGAGGACCCGGACGUCCACCUGGGGCACCACCCGCUGGUGAUGCGGCAUCAUCACCAUCACCACCACCAUCACAACAUGGAGCAACUGCACCACCCCAAGCAGCUCCACUACCCGAGCGGCUACCCGAUGCCCCGCUCGCCGCCCCUCUUCAUCUGCUCCUCGCCGGGCCCGGACCCGUACCGCUCGCACGACAACGUGUACGAAGAGCUGGAACAUCCGGCGGCGCCGUCGCCACCGGGCGUGAACGCGACCACUGCCGACAGUGACUCCGAACCCGGUGGUCUGGUCAACGGUGGCAUCGCUGCAAUCCACUCCGACGACGACUUUGCCGAGGACGAGUUGAGCUUGAACGGCGAGCAGCAGCAACAGCAGCAGCAGCGGUCCUUCCACAAAUCGACCGAUGUUGGCACGGGGACUGCUGCGACGGCGACGACGGUGGCCACAAUCUACCACGAAAGUGGUGGGGAUUUGGAGCGAAACCGGACGGAGCGCAACUCGCUGCUGUCGUGUUCGGGGUCGUCGUCGGCAGGGAAUGACCACGGGGGGACGGUCAACAAUAGGAAUUCGAGCUCGAGUGCGGAAGGGGCGAGCAGUUCUUCGAGCGGGAACAACAACACGGCGGCGGCGAGCACUAAGGUUAGUCACAACCCGGGCGGAGGUUUUUUCCGUUCUAGGAAGCAAGCCUCGACGCUGGGCAGCGGUCGGGGCAAGCGCCACGUUCCGGCGGAUCCGCCCUGCGAGAUGGGCAUGACGCCGAUGGCGUACGACGAGCGGGCCAUGAUGACGCUGCCGCCGUCGUACGCGGCCAACCAUCCGGCCCACCUGAACAGCAUCAACAACAACAUCCACAACAGCUGUGUGAGCAAUAGCAAUAGUUUGAACAAUAACGUAAGAAGCAAUUACUACAGCACGAUCGACGACGAGGCCGAGGUCGAGCGGCGGAACCGCAUCAACGCGCAGCUGUCGGCCGGUACCGCCGUGUCCACCAUCUUCCGGGGAGGUCGACCUCCGUACAGCAACAAUCACCACAGCCAUCACCAGCAGCAGCAGCCCAGCAGUCGAUCCCGGACCAACCCGCGCUCUCUAGACCGGCGGAGAUAUCUCCAAAACAACAACCCCCCGCCGCUGACGACCCCCAACGGGAACUCGGCGCAAGACCCCUCCCAGUACAUCUACCACGAGCCCGUCUUCCACGAGGGACUCAUCUACGACGGGUGUCUUUCGUACAGUGACCGCAGCAGCGGCGGCAGCACCGGUCCACCCUACCCGUACGCCCUCCCAGCGCCGUUCACGACCUUCCGGAACGGGCCCAACUCGGCCGUCCCCAACCAGGUCAUCUACUCCCGGGACAGCAGCUUCGGGUCCGACUCGGGCUACAGCCAGCACACGCAGGCCUCCAACCGAAGCGGGAACGCCAACUGGACCCGGAACCGACUGCCGCCGUCCCUCAACCGGCCACCCCUGUGCGAACCCCACGCGGCCCGGGACUCUUGAGACAAGGAGGAAUCGGCUACUGCGGCGCUAACGCUCGCCGUCCGGCGGCUCGUUUACGGCAAGAUUCUGAUUUGAGAGCGACCGGGACUCAAGUGAAACCAACCCCCGGUGGACGACCCCCCCAUUUACAAAAUGUGAUUUUAAUUUAUAAAACAAAAAGUCCUCUUUUGUGUACAGAAAAAAAAACGUGUGUAAAUAGUUACGAUUAGUCCCCCCCUUCAAGAAAGACUGUUGACUUAGAUAAGUUUUUGAAAGCCUCCCCUCGCAACUUGCAACAAAUCGCGAUGCGAUGCUCUUCAGAAUUACAGUAAACAAAAAAAAGCUACCCUAACUUAUGAAAAUGAAAACAGUGAGCGCGAGGCGGCGUGUAAACAUUAGCAGUAGUACUUAACCUCGAAACAAUCAACAAUAAAGAGAAAAUAGAACGAGAUCAAAGAGAGAGCACAACUAUGAAUCCUAAUUCGAGAUAACAUAAAUAAAACAAAAAAAUAAAGUCAAAUCAAAACCCUGUUCAAAUCGAAUCAGAAGAACGUAACUCCAGUGGUUGUAAUUACAUUUUAAUGAAAGAAAAUUUGAGGAAAAUGAACAAAGUCGUCUUUAUCGGAAAAACUGUAAAGAAAUGCCGUAAGGUUAUUAUUUUCUGUUUACAAAAGCGGAAGUAAUAAAGUUUCAAACUUGCCUUUAUUUUUCCAAACCAAAAAAUAUAUACAAUUCAAAAAAUGUUUUUGAUUCCUCAGUUUAAGGGAUCUCUGGACAAAUAUGACGAUUGAUAAUUAAUUCUUG